AUGCAGUCAGCAGGUACUUAAUAUUUAGUUCCAAGAAAUUUCAGACUUCUUGAUGAGCUUGAAAAAGGUGAGCAUGGCUUGGGCGAUCCUAAUGUGAGCUAUGGCCUUGACAGAGGUGACGACAUUACUUUGAGCAGCUGGACAGGAAUGAUAAUUGGCCCACCAGGUGGUGUGCAUGAAAACCGCAUGUAUCAAGUCAGAUUUCACUGCGGCCCGAAUUAUCCUCAAGAAGCUCCACAGGUGCAGUUUAUAACCAAAAUCAAUAUGAGCAGCGUAAACCCUCAUAAUGGAAUUGUUGACCCAUCCAACUUUAGAAUUCUUGGAAAUUGGACUUCACAGUAUACAAUGGAGACCAUCUUAGUAGAACUUAGAAAAGACAUGAAUUCAGGUGCUAAUAAGAGGCUUGCCCAACCUAACGAAGGAGAGACUUAUUAA